CAAAUGGCAAUCGGAAACCUCUUAAGUCCGUAACCUUUGUUACAGCGGAAAGAAAGCUGGGCCGAUUACCAAAUGGAGUUGCAGCAAUAGCCAAAAGCCCUAAGCUAAAAUCCUAAUUACCAUAAAAACCUUGAUGGUCGCCUAAGGUCAAAGGACGUGGUACCCCUCUCCCGACGUUUGCGCCGUCCUUUUUCUAUUAUAAAAUCAUAGAUAUUCCACUAUUCAAAAAUGUCAAACGACUACGAAUUCCAGGGCUGGUUAGGUCCAUCACAUGAUGCAAUCAGUAAAAUGCAAUGGGGGACCUUUGAGCCUAAGAAGUGGGAGGAAGAUGAUGUUGAUGUCAAAAUCACUCACUGCAGUAUCUGCGGUGCAGAUUGUCAUAUGCUUCGCUCCGGGUGGGGACAGACAUCUUAUCCUUGCUGCGUUGGGCAUGAGAUUGUCGGAAAGGUUGUCCGUGUUGGAAACAAUGUCAAGCACCUAAAGCUUGGCGACCGUGUCGGUGUUGGCGCUCAGGCCCGGAGUUGCCUCAGCGAUGAUUGCAUCCACUGCUCUGCUGGUCGGCCCAAUUAUUGUCCUAAGAAUAUUAACACCUAUGGUGGAACAUACCCUAACGAUAUAGGUAAAUCCUACGGAGGCUUCGGCGACUAUAACCGCACCGAUUCUCGCUUUGUGGUAAAAAUCCCUGAAAAGCUACGUUCAGAGUAUGCUGCACCUUUGAUGUGUGCCGGUAUUACCGUUUAUUCGCCGCUGAGAAAGCACAACUGCGGGCCUAGCAAGACUGUUGGCGUGAUAGGCGUCGGUGGGUUAGGUCAUUUUGCCAUUCUGUUCGCGAAAGCGCUCAAUGCACAUAAGGUCGUUGGUAUCUCGCGCAAGAAUUCCAAGAGAGACGACGUUCUGGCCUUGGGUGCCGAUGACUACAUCGCCACUGAUGAUGGAGACCGGGAUUGGGCCACGAUUCAUGCCGAUUCGUUGGACCUUAUUAUUUGUACGGUCUCGAGCGCCAACAUGCCUCUCAAUGAGUAUUUGAAGCUCCUACGAUACGGUGGUGACUUUGUCCAAGUCGGUGCUCCUGAUAAUGGCGACUUGCCUAGCAUCAAUGCUUUUACGCUGAUCAAUGGUGGCUUCAAAUUGAGUGGUAGCGCAAUUGGAUCCCCUGGGGAGAUUGAAGAGAUGCUCCACCGGGCCGUCGAGUUUGAUAUCAAGCCUUGGGUUGAGUUGAGACCACUGACAGACGCAAAUCAAGCAAUCUUGGAUAUGGAGGCAGGUAAGGCACGAUACCGAUACGUCUUAGUAAACGAGAAGCACCUAGAUGCUUGAAAAUAGGAGACUGCCUCUUGCGGUUAAAAGUUGAGGGAUGAAUUAUUGUUCAUAAAUUUGUUUGUUAUUUCCGUAUCGGUGACAACACUCUCCUUUUUCGUUUCGCUAGAAUGAUGGCCACAAACCAGAUGCUACUGCCACAUUUUAACUCACAUUCACUUUAUAUUAUCCGCUUAACUCUCC